UGAUGGACUGCUUUUAGUUUAGUUUUGCCACUUCAAUCGUGAAUUAAGCGACAUAGUUUCUUAGGCUAGUUAAAAGUUUAAACUUUGCGUGCUUUGGUCGUGGCGUUUUUCGUUGAACAUUUUUUUAGGUUCAUUUAAUUUUGUUUGUGAAUGUUAUAGUUAAAUUUUAAUUAAUUAUGUCUAAAAUAAAUGCAAUUGGUGUUAUCUCUAAACAACUAAAUGAUUUGUUUACUACGUCAACUAUUGUUCUUAGUGUAAUGCUUAUAUUUUGUGUUAUUUAUUACAAAACAAAAAGAGCAAAAAUUGUUAAGUUAAUUGAUAAAAUUCCUGGCCCAGCUUCACUGCCUUUAUUGGGUAAUGCCGUUGAGAUGAAUGUUGACCACGAUGAACUUUUUAUGCGAAUGACUGGAGCUCAAAGGCUAUGGGGGAAUCGUAUUGGUAUCAAUAGAGCUUGGCAGGGAGUUUCACCAUAUGUAAUGCUUUUCCACCCGCAAACAGUAGAGCCUAUUCUUAACACAUCGAAAUACAUUGACAAAAGCCAAGAUUACGAUUACCUUAAGCCUUGGCUUGGAACGGGUUUGCUAACAAGCUUUGGCAGAAAAUGGCAUUCAAGAAGAAAGAUUUUAACACCCGCAUUUCAUUUUAAAAUUUUGGAUGAUUUCAUUGACGUUUUCAACGAGCAAAGCUUAAUAUUAUCAAAAAAAUUGGAAAGUGAAAUUAACAACGAUUCGUUUAAUAUAUUCCCAUACGUAACUUUAUGUACAUUAGAUAUUGUGUGUGAAACUGCAAUGGGACGAUGUAUCAAUGCUCAAAGCAAUAGUGAAUCCGAUUACGUUAAGGCUGUUUAUGGAAUUGGAGAAAUAAUACAAAAUCGGCAAUCGAAAUUAUGGCUGCAGUGGAAUUCUGUUUUUAGACUCACAAAAAACUACUAUAUUCAUAAAAAAUUUAUCAACACCCUGCAUGGGUUUUCUAACAAAGUGAUUGAAGAACGAAGAAGAGAAGUCACCAGCAAUAAAUAUAAUAAUAAUAGUAAUAAUAAUAAUCACAAUAAUAACAAAAAUAAUAAUAAUCAUAAUAAUAAUAGUAAUAAUAAUAAUAAUAAUACAAAUAAUAAUAAUAAUGAUGAUAAUAAUAUUAAUAACAAUAAUAAUAAUAACAAUAAUAAUUCCGAAGAUUAUUUUGGCAAAAAAAAACGUUUAGCAUUUCUUGACUUACUAAUCGAAGCAUCAAAUGAAGGAACAGUUUUGACAAAAGAAGAUAUCAGAGAAGAAGUAGAUACAUUUAUGUUUGAAGGACAUGAUACUACGUCAGCUGCUAUAUCUUGGACGUUAUUUUUACUUGGAAGUCAUCCUGAGAUUCAGGAUAAGGUGGUUAAAGAAUUAGAUCAAAUAUUCGGCAGUAACAGAGAGUGUCCCGCAACGAUGAAAAAUCUCUUGGAUAUGAAAUAUUUAGAAAAUUGCAUUAAGGAUGCCUUGCGACUCUAUCCUAGUGUUCCAAUGAUGGCGAGAUCAGUGACUGAGGAUGUUAUAAUAGGAAAUUAUACCGUACCUGCAGGAACUACUGCUCUUAUAAUGACAUACAUGUUGCAUAGAAAUCCAACAAUUUUUAACAAACCCGAGCAAUUUAAUCCCGAUAACUUCUUGCCAGAGAACUGUCAUGGAAGACAUCCAUUUUCCUACAUCCCUUUUAGUGCGGGUCCCAGAAAUUGCAUAGGACAGAAGUUUGCUAUUUUAGAAGAAAAGGCUGUUCUUUCAAAAAUAUUAAGGACCUAUAAAAUAGAGGCUGUUGACCGCCGUGAGGAUCUAACACUUUUGGGAGAGUUAAUAUUGAGACCAAAAGACGGUCUCAAAAUACGAAUAACCAAAAGGAUAUAAGAAGAAAAUUAUGAAAAAUUUAAGGAAUUAUUAAAUAUUUUUUGUUAAAAGACACUAUGUUAAAUAAAUGAUAAUAUAAUGAUAA